CUCAUGGUAGGAGCAUAAGCAUGGGAGGAGCAUGGGCUUACUUUGUGAGGGGACUGCCACUCCUGCCGAGUCAGAGAUGUGGUGCGGGGAGAAGGGGGCCGUGUGGGUGUACACCCGGCAUCAGGUGGAUUCUGCAACCUUCCAGAGAGGUUGUGUCUUUUCUGGUGGCCCUUGGGAAAGGGAUGGGGGCUGGAUUCAGCUGUUGCAGCGGUGGCCUGAUGAUGGUUGUUGUGCUAUGUUCUUGCAGCAAAGUUGGCUUGAUGAGGAGUUCUGCUACCGAUGGCAUCAGUCUGUGCAGUUAUUAGUUUCACGUGGAGGUUGGCUUUGCAAUUUUUGAGAUUUGCUUGGUUUUAGUCAACAGAACAUGAACAUAUUGGACUUCUUUAUCCACCAAAAGGUGAACUUACGAUAAUGUGCUGCUAGCAUGGCCAUGUCUCUCUUAAUAGCAUGAUUAGAAUUAGUAUGAGAUGCCUCAGGGUAUCUGUGAAAGGAUAUGCUGCUUUGAAGCAAAUGUGGGCUUUGCACAUCGUUUUCUAGUACUUUUAUGAGUUGAAGCAAUUUAUUUCUGCAAUUGACUGGUUCGUAAUGUUUCAUGAGGUCACAGGGAACCCAAUAUACAGAAUAUACAAUGCAACUCUAGAGCGGGGUGUUCUGAAAGAUUUCGC